UCCUCACCACACUGCUACCUCCUCCGCCACCGCGAGCGCACCACCUGCGCAUGCCAGCGCCGCCACCACCUCCUCCGGCGGAUUAGCAGUCUCUCUGAGUGAGCGGUUAUUAGGUGCAGCGCGAUUUCCUCUCGUUCUUGCUCCUCUGUUCAUCGAUCGGCAAGGGAAGCUUGAGCCAUCAAUGCCUCCCAACGCACAGGACACGCACGGAACCACCGGCGUCGCCAUGACGCCGGCCCCCGCGGCAACGGCGGCGGCGACCAAGAUGGACUGCUUCCUCACGACCGCCUGCACGCCGCUCAACCUCCAGUUCAUCGAUGUGUCGUACCGCGUUAAGACGGAGAAAUCGGCGGCGUCCAAGGCGGCGCCGCCGGGCCGGAUCUCGUCGCACUCUGGCGCGGCGCCGCGCUGGGGUGUCGGUGGAGGAGCGGACGAUCUGAAGGGCGUGACGGGCGAGGCGCGCCCGGGGGAGCUGCUCGCCGUUCUGGGCCCCUCGGGGAGCGGCAAGUCCACGCUCCUCUCCAUCCUCGGCGGCCGCCUGGCCGGCCGCCACUCGGGGACGGUCCUCGCCGGCGGCCGACCGCCCACCCGCGGCGUGCAGCGGCGCACGGGGUUCGUGGCGCAGGAUGACGUGCUCCACCCGCACCUCACGGUCCGCGAGACGCUCGUCUUCUGCGCCAUGCUCCGCCUGCCCCGCGCCGCGCCGUCGGCGGCCAAGGCCGCCGCCGCCGAGGCCGUGAUCGCCGAGCUCGGGCUCGCAGCGUGCGCCGACACCGUCGUCGGGAACGCGUUCGUGCGCGGCGUGUCGGGGGGCGAGCGGAAGCGCGUCAGCAUCGGGCACGAGCUGCUCGUCAACCCGAGCCUGCUCAUCCUGGACGAGCCCACGUCGGGGCUCGACUCCACCGCCGCCGCCCGCCUCGUCGCCACGCUCUCGGCGCUGGCCAGGAAGGGGCGAACGGUGGUGAUGUCGGUGCACCAGCCGUCGUCGCGGGUGUACCGGAUGUUCGACUCCGUCCUGCUCCUCGCCGAGGGCAGCUGCCUCUACUUCGGCGCCGGCCGCGACGCCAUGGACUACUUCGCCUCCGUCGGCUUCGCGCCGGGGUUCCACGUCAACCCGGCCGACUUCAUGCUCGACCUCGCAAAUGGUUUUGCUCAAGCAGAUUGCAAUUUCACAGCAGAAGGCGGCAACGUGAAGCAGUCGUUGAUCUCGUCUUACAACAAGGUGCUGUCCCCAAGGGUGAAGGCGUCCAUCAACGCCGCCGGCGCCGCCACCACAGAGCACGCGCAGGACGGCGCCGAGCCCCUGCCACUGCCGCCGGCGGAGAGCUGCAGCGGGUGCACGAGCUGGGCGAACCAGUUCACGAUCUUGCUCCGGCGCAGCCUCAAGGAGCGGCGUCACGAGACGUUCACGUCGCUGCGCAUGUUCCAGAUCAUCGCGCCGGCGCUGGUCGCCGGCGCCAUGUGGUGGCGGUCGUCGCCAGUGGCCGUCCAGGACCGGCUCGGCCUCCUCUUCUUCAUCUCCAUCUUCUGGGGCGUCUUCGCCUCCUUCAACGCCGUCUUCGCCUUCCCGCAGGAGCGCCCCGUUCUCGCCCGCGAGCGCGCGUCGGGGAUGUACGCGCUCUCCUCCUACUUCAUGUCGCGGAUGGUUGGCGACCUCCCCAUGGAGCUCGCCCUGCCGACGGCGUUCACUGUGGUUGUCUACCUCAUGACCGGGCUCAACCCGUCGCCGGCGGCGUUCGCGCUCACCCUGGCGGUGAUCCUCUCCUACGUGCUCGUCGCCGGUGGUCUGGGCCUCGCCGUCGGCGCCAUCAUGAUGGACGCCAAGCGCGCGUCGACGCUGGUGACGGUGAUCAUGCUCGCCUACCUCCUCACCGGGGGAUUCUACGUGCACAACGUGCCGGGGUUCAUGGUGUGGGCCAAGUACACCUCCUUCACCUACUACUGCUACCGCCUCCUCAUCGCCGUGCAGUACGGCGGCCACCUCCGGCGGCUGCUCCCGCCGGAGGCCGUCGACGGCGAGGCCGGCCCGGGCGCCUGCGUCGCGGCGCUCGUCGCCAUGUUCUUCGGGUACCGGCUUCUGGCGUAUCUCGCGCUGCGCCGCGUCAGGAAGUGACCUGGCCGGCCGCCGGCGGCGGCGGCCGCCGCUGUAGCUAGCUAGCUAGGUGCGUGUGUGCCAUUAACUAUUCAGGCCGGCUGGCCCGGCACGGUGAUCAAAGGCUCCGGCCGGGCCGGCGCGCGCGGGGAACCGAGAUCCGCGGCGCCGGCGGGCGGGCGGGCGGGGAGGGCGUCGAGGGAGAUGACUAAACUAGAUGACGCGGUUGUUGUUGGCGUCGCCGCCGGCGAUCGACGAGGUCGUCGUUUUCCUCUUGCGAUCUCUUGUUUGUUUUUUUUAAUUCUCUUACCUAAAAUUUGGUGGUAUCUUAGCCAUCGAUCGAGAUGCCUUCUUGCAAGCAAGUGUACUAUAUAUAUUGAUCAAUCACCCGGGUGUAAGUUGUAAGAGCUGAAUUGGGCUUCUUGGUCUGAAGAAGAUGAAUUGCUGAUGGAUGGGAUGAUAAAAAAAUUUCAAAAUCCAAGUGAAUGUACGUGAAGAUAGCAAAGGUGCAAGAUUGAUGGCCUGAGUCCGGCGUGAAAAUCAACUUAAUCCGUCCUCAAGUUCAGCAUCCGUCGUGCGAAAGCUGAAAGCCAUUGUUCUGGCAUGUUCUGAUUAAGCUUCUGAAUUCUGAUACCGCAAACUUUUUCCCAAUGACUGGAUUCAUCGAACCAAAUCGAAUUCUUCAUUUCAGAUUCUUACAGGGUACUUGGACAGAGGAAUCGAAUAGAAUUAGCUGCUCGAUCUACUUGGAUUUUCCCCAAAAAAAAACGUGAAAUUCUAUU